CUGCAAGAUGUGCCGCGGCGGCGGCGGCGGCGGCGGCGAAUGCAGCGGUGGGACGCUGUCGGCAGCCGCUCUACUGGCGAGGCGCCGGAGCAUUCCCACCACGCUGCUGCUCCUCUGCGCCUAUGUGGUUUACCUGCUGCUGGGCAGCGCCGCGUUUUGGGCCAUGGAGGGGCCAGUGGAGCGCAGCACGGCGCUGAGGUUGCUGCAGCAGAAGUGGGAGUUGUUGGAGAACCACACGUGCCUCGACGGGGAAGCCCUCGAGCGCCUCGCCGAGCGUAUCGUCCAGGCCUACAAGAAUGGACUUAUCCUUAAAGGAAAUGCAAGUCUGGGAAGAUGGGACUUUGUUGGCUCCUUCUUCUUCUCUGUUUCUGCAGUAACUACCAUCGGCUAUGGGAACUUGAGCCCUAGCACAGUGAGUGCACAAGUUUUCUGCAUCUUCUUUGCCCUCUUUGGGAUCCCAUUAAACCUUGUGCUCCUGAACAGAAUAGGACAGCUGAUGCUCUCUGGUGUUCAGCAAUGUGCCUGCCACCUGGGCAACAAAUUUAAUUGGCAAAAAGGGGCUGCUGUGUUGACACGGACUUGUGCACUGGUUGCUGGGCUUCUACUGUUCCUUCUGCUGCCUCCUCUGUUAUUCACUGCCAUAGAAGGCUGGACCUAUGAACAAGGAUUCUACUAUUCCUUCAUUACUCUCGCCACAAUAGGCUUUGGAGAUUACGUAAUUGGCAUGAACCCUGAUCGCACUUACCCUGCCUGGUACAAGAAUAUAGUGUCUCUCUGGAUUCUGUUUGGGAUGGCCUGGUUAGCCCUGAUCAUCAAUCUUUGCAUCAGCUUACUAGAAAACUCCAGUGAUCUCUGCCAGUGCUGCAAGAGGAAUAGCAGAGAGGUGGAGCAAGAGCUGAUAGAUGGCAACCAAAAUACCAGUCUGGGGCCUGAGGAUGAGCCGAGCUGCAAUGUGAAAGCCACCAAGCCAGUGGGGCCAAAUUGAAUUGCAUACACUGUUCGUUGUUUGUGUUUAUUUUUUCCGAGUGAAGGGUUUUUAUUAUCUUGCUAAUCCUAAUAGGGCACUGUGUUUUGGCACUAGCAGAAGUGCAAGUACCUGAGACAAUCCCAGCAGAGGUGACUGGACACUUAGGCUGCAGUGGAAAUCAAACUGUGUUGCUUUACAUAUGAGAUUUUUUUGUUCUUACAUGAAAAUGAAUGGCUAUGGAAGAGGAGCAAGUGCAUGCCAUCUUAUGGGAAUCCACAGAAAGGUUUAUUUGCUGCAAGUUCACAAGUUGAGAAACCUCAAACUUUGCUGCCCCUCUGCCUGUUUGUGUGUGUGUGUAUAUGUGUGUGGCUGGCAAUGUAUAGAACUUUCUCCUAAGUGUGAUGGGUUACCUCUGUGUAAGGGAAAUGAGAAAAGGGUUCUCACUUAUACAUGAGUGGCUAAAAUGUCCCUUUGGUUAUACUGUAACCUACCAACUUUGUAAGGCCAUUUGCCUAACAUAGAGUUCUACAGAUGCUUUAAAGAAUAUUCAUCUUAAUACAGAAGACUUUUAUAAUCUUGCAAAACAUGUUGGGCAGUCAAUGUGUAAAUACCAGGAUAUAUAUCUAUAUAUUUUCAUAGACAUCUAUAUAUAUAUAUAGAUAUAGAUAUAG